AUGACGGGUAGAACUGGAUAUAUGUUUCUAUUGGCAUUGUUUACAUUAUCGAUGGUAGAGGUGUUUGUUAAAGGUACAGUUCCAGCUCACUCUGAAGACGAACAUGACGCGGAUGAAUUUCGAAAAGAAUUUGGUGAUGAGCCUCAACAAAACAGCUACAGCCAAGGCAGCGAAGAUGAUCAUGUAGAAGUGCGCGAUGGCUCCCAAUUUUCAAACGUUAAACCAAAAAUCCUUACUGGAAGGAAGUUGCCGACACUGCGAUUCCUAUAUUGGACUUUACCGUUACUAGUCGACGCUUUAUUGCAACCACAUGGUAAAGGGCAGGAUCUUUUGGACUUCUUUUCUUAUUUUGAUUGGAUUUGGAGAAAAAAAAUCGGGCGCUUUACUGGUGAAAUUGCCAAACAUAUGUUCUUAAACCAACGCUGA